AAUAUGUCUUGGUUUAAGACAAAUUAAAAUAUAUACGUCUUCCAUUCUAAUCUAUCAUCUUUUUCUUAGUUCUCUACACUCCUCCCUCUUCUUCAUCAACGUAACCAGAGGGGAUGGCUGCUUCGUCGUCUCCAUUGAAUCGCAGGUUAUCAAAAGGUUCAUUAAUAAAACCAACAAUUGUAGCUUUGAUAACUUCAACUUUGGUAAUAUUCUACAUAUUUUCUACUUCAAGAUUAAUUCUCCUACAUCCUCAUCAAACCUGGAUUCACAAUUUAGAUUCUUCUUCUUCAUCACCCAAACUAAGAUUUUUUGUUGUUGAUCAUCAUAAUAAGCCAAAACAAGAUGAAGAUACUAUUACUGAUCAUCUUUUAUUAGCAAACAUUAGCAGUUUGCCUUUGCCAGAGCCAUUUCCAAUUGCUAACGCCCAUGAUCACGAUCAUUUAACUAAAUCAAAGCUUCAACUUGGUUCUUCAAGAGAAAAAUUGGUUCAGAUCAACAAAGAGAUAUUUCAUGACAAGGAUCUGUUCGAGGAAGAAUACAAGGAAAUGAAUAGAAGCUUAAAGAUAUAUGUGUAUCCCCACAAGAAGAAUGACCCUUUUGCAAAUGUGUUAUUGGCAGUUGACCAUGAACCAUCAGGGAACUAUGCAAGUGAGAGUUAUUUCAAGAAAGCCCUUUAUAAAAGUCAUUUCAUCACAAGCGACCCCAAAGAAGCUGAUCUUUUUUAUCUUCCAUUUUCUAUAGCAAGUCUAAGAAAUGACAAGAGAGUUGGGGUUGGUGGGAUCCAAGAUUUUGUGAAAGGAUAUAUAGUUGAGAUUAGUGACAAAUACCCGUAUUGGAAUAGGUCAGGAGGGGCUGAUCAUUUCUAUGUUGCUUGUCAUUCUGUUGGAAGGUCCGCAAUGGAGAAAGCUAUUCAUGUCAAGUUAAAUGUUAUUCAAGUCGUUUGCUCUUCAAGUUACUUCCUAUCUGGUUAUCUUCCUCAUAAAGAUGCUUCCAUUCCUCAAAUUUGGCCUAGAAAAGGACUAUCCCCUACAAAUGCUCCUUCGAAGAGGAAAAAGUUAGCUUUUUUCGCGGGAGCAAUGAAUUCCAGAGUACGUGAAAACCUAGUUGAAACAUGGAAAAACGAUUCAGAGAUCAUCGUCCACCGCGGCCGCAUGAAAACGCCCUACUCAGAGGCAUUAUUGAACAGCAAAUACUGCAUUCACGCUAAAGGUUUUGAGAUUAACACUGCCCGAAUUGGAGACGCCCUAUACUACGGUUGCGUUCCAGUAAUAUUGGCCGACCAUUAUGAUCUCCCAUACGCUGACAUUCUCAAUUGGGAAAGUUUCUCUGUCCUUGUUUCAUCCCUUGAUAUUCUAAAACUGAAGAAAAUUCUUCAAGAAAUAGAGUACCAUCACUAUGUGAAGCUUCAAAACAAUGUAAUGCAGGUGCAAAAGCAUUUUCAGUGGAACUCUUUUUCCAAAGAUUUUGAUGUUUUUCGUAUGGUUAUGUAUGAGUUGUGGAUUCGACGAAGCCAUUUGCGACAAAACUACUGACUAUAUCCUAAACCACUUGUAAUUCUAGGAGGAAAAAAUCAAUAAUUUUUCAUCUUUUCGACACAUACCACGUGAUACAUCGAUAUUGUUUAAUAUUUUAUAUCUUUCUCAAUAAAAUAUCUUGAGAAU